AUGGUCGCUAGAUUGCCCUCAGCCCUCACGACCCCUCGCCGUCCCUCGCCCUCCCCGCAGCUGUUGCAACGACGAGCCCUCUUUUCAUCCACCUCCACGACAUCCAGUAUGUCUGGCAAAAAGCCCGACUACUCCGGCUACAACUAUGGCGCCAUCUCGUCGCUCGUCCUGACGACAGACCGGUCUGCUCUGCCACGACGCGACAAGGAGCCAGAUGGCGCGCCUGUUUCUCUUGCAGGCCGCAUUGACCCCAAGGACAUGGGCUCGCGGGUGCUGCGGCAGGCACCCAAGGACGUCGACAAGAAGAAGAAAAAGGCCGCGGAGAAGGCCGACCCGUCAGAAAAACCCGCUGCGAAGCGCAAGGCCGACUUUGCGGGGUUUGGGUACGCGGACAUCAUCGAGGCGACGCAGGACGUGGAGGGACUGACGUACCGCCCUCGAACGGCGGAAACGCGUGAAGUCUACGAGCUCAUCCUGUCUGCUGUACAUGCCGCCCUCGGGGACCAGGCGCAGGACAUCGUGCGGAGUGCGGCCGAUACUGUUUUGGAGACGCUGAAGACGGAGGGCAUGAAGGACUUUGACAAGAAGAAGGAGGUUGAGGAGGUCACGGGCCCCAUCACGGGCGAGCAGUUUUCGCAGCUCGUCAGCCUGUCGAAGAAGAUCACCGACUACAAUGCUGAUGAUGAGGCCAUGGCGGACCCUGACCAGGAGCGGAAGGAGGCCGAGAUUGACGAGGAGGGUGGGGUUGCGGUCGUGUUCGACGAGGAGGAGCAGGAGGAAGAUGACGAUGAGGGCUUCGAGAUUCGAGACGAGUCUGACGAGGAGGAGGAGGAAGAGAGGGAGGAAGCAGAGGGUGCCGUGGUCGAAGGGGAGGGCGAAGACCUCAUCAUUGGAGGCGAGUCAUCACGGCAGGGCAAGUCCAAAGUCGAUAAGGACGUUGUCUCCCCUCACUCCAUCGACGGUUUCUGGGUGCAGCGGCAAAUUUCAGAGAUCUAUCCAGACCCGCUGACGGCCGCCGACAAAGCCGCCUCUGUUCUCUCCAUCCUCGGCUCGGAAUCCAGCGCCCGCGACUGCGAAAAUCAACUCAUGGAACUGUUCGACUACCAAAGUUUCCACAUCACCGCCAAGUUCCUCAAGAACCGCGAAGUCGUCGUCUGGUGCACGAAACUCAUGCGCAGCGACGCGGACGAGAGGGUCAACGUCGAGGUCGCGAUGCGGGAGAAGGGUCUAGGGUGGAUUCUGCGCGAGCUGGCGGGCGACCGUCAAGCAAAAGCCGCAGCGUCCGACGCCAUGGACGUUGACGAAGCCAAGCCUGCCGCUGUGCCCAAGACCGCCACUCUGGCACCGGGGUCGACGGUGCAGCCGAAGCGCACUGUCGAUCUGGAAAGCAUGGCGUUCUCGCAGGGUGGGCAUCUCAUGUCCAACAAGAAGUGCAAGCUUCCGGAUGGCUCGUUCAAGCGCGCGAAGAAAGGGUACGAAGAAAUUCAUGUUCCAGCUCCGAAGCAGAAGCCCGUCACAGAGGGCGAAUUCGUACCAGUAACUGCUUUGCCCGCUUGGGCGCGCGAUGCCUUCACGGUGCCGAAGCUGAAUCGUGUUCAAAGCAAGCUUUUCCCUGUCGCCUUCGGUACGGACGAGCCGAUUCUGCUUUGUGCCCCUACUGGUGCAGGAAAGACCAAUGUCGCCAUGCUUACCAUCCUCAACGAAAUGUCCAAGCAUCGUAAUGAAGAAACCAGCGAAUUCGACCUGAACGCAUUCAAGAUCGUCUACAUCGCACCCAUGAAAGCUCUCGUUCAGGAGAUGGUUGGCAACUUCUCCUCACGGCUCGGUGUCUUCAACAUCAAGGUUGGCGAACUCACAGGCGAUUCCCAAAUGACGAAGCAGCAAAUCGCCGAAACCCAAAUCAUCGUUACGACGCCGGAGAAAUGGGACGUUAUUACUCGCAAGCAAACCGACACGAGCUACACGAACUUUGUCCGUCUUAUCAUCAUCGAUGAGAUUCAUUUGCUUCAUGACGACCGCGGACCGGUUUUGGAGAGUAUUGUGGCUCGGACGAUUCGGAGGAUGGAGCAGACGUCGGAGUACGUUCGCCUGGUUGGUCUGUCCGCCACCCUGCCCAACUAUCAAGAUGUCGCGACUUUCUUGCGCGUUGACGAGAAGAAGGGCCUCUUCUACUUCGAUGCUUCCUAUCGGCCUUGUGGCCUGCAACAACAGUUCAUCGGAAUUACGGAGAAGAAGGCCAUCAAGCGGUACCAGAUCAUGAACGAGGUGUGCUACGAGAAGGUCCUUGACCAGGUGUCGGGCAAGAACCAAACUCUUGUUUUCGUGCACUCGCGGAAGGAAACGGCGAAAACGGCGAAGUUCUUGCGCGAUACGGCCAUCGAGAAGGAGACGAUUACCCAGUUCGUCAAGCCUGAAGGCGCUGUUCGCGAAAUCCUCCUGGACGCCGCGAAGGAUGCGAAGGACAACAACCUCAAGGACCUCCUCCCUUUCGGGUUCGGCAUUCAUCACGCUGGCAUGUCGAGAGAGGACCGCGGGCUCGUCGAGGACCUCUUUGCGGAAGGAAGUAUCCAAGUCCUGGUCUGCACUGCGACGCUGGCGUGGGGUGUCAAUCUUCCCGCUCAUACCGUCAUCAUCAAAGGAACACAGAUCUACAACCCGGAGAAAGGUCGCUGGGUCGAGCUGUCGUCGCAGGACGUUCUGCAGAUGCUCGGUCGUGCGGGUCGUCCCCAAUACGACACCUAUGGCGAGGGUCUCAUCAUCACGAACCACUCGGAGCUGCAGUACUACCUCAGCCUGCUGAACCAACAACUGCCCAUCGAGUCGCAGUUUGUCAGCAAGCUCGCGGAUAACCUCAAUGCAGAGAUCGUUCUCGGUACGGUUAGGAAUCGAGAUGAGGCUGUCCAAUGGCUUGGGUAUACAUACCUAUACGUCCGGAUGCUCAAGUCUCCAGCACUCUACGGUGUCGGAGCCGACUAUCAAGAAGACGACGAAGGCCUUAUCCAAAAACGAGCUGACAUUGCCCAUUCGGCGGCCGUUCUGCUGGAGAAGUGCCAGCUCAUCAAAUACGAGAGGUCGACCGGAAGAUUCACUAGCACGGAGCUGGGCAGGAUCGCCUCACAUUACUACGUCACCUACAACUCCAUGAUGGUGUACAAUCAGCACCUCCGUCCGACGAUGUCUUCACUUGAACUCUUCAGAGUCUUCGCUCUUUCGAAUGAGUUUAAAUUGCUUCCCGUUCGUCAAGAAGAGAAGCUCGAGCUGGCAAAAUUGCUGGAGCGGGUACCCAUUCCUGUCAAGGAAAGCGUUGAGGAGCCGGCUGCCAAGAUCAACGUCCUCUUGCAGGCAUACAUCUCACAGUUGAAGCUAGAUGGAUUUGUUCUCGUCGCGGACAUGGUAUUCGUGCAACAGUCUGCUGGCCGAAUUUUGCGUGCCAUGUUCGAGAUCUGCUUGAAGCGCGGAUGGGCCGUUCCUGCGAAGGCUGCAUUGGACAUGUGCAAGAUGGUCGAGAAGAGAAUGUGGGGCUCCAUGACACCUCUGCGUCAGUUCAAAGGUGUUCCAAGCGAAGUUAUUCGAAAGGCAGAAGGAAAACAAUUCCCGUGGUACCGCUACUUCGACCUCACACCUCCAGAAAUCGGCGAGCUUAUCGGUAUCCCCAACGCCGGUCGUCUUGUACACAAACUUGUACAUAGCUUUCCGAAACUCGCUCUGGAAGCUACCGUCCAACCUAUUACACGAUCACUCAUUCGAAUCGAACUCCUCAUCACUCCGGAUUUCCGCUGGGAUGAAAAGAUCCAUGGCGGGGCUGAAACAUUCUGGAUCCUAGUGGAAGAUGUCGACGGAGAGAUUAUACUUCUCCACGAAACCUUUGUGCUUUAUCAACGUUACGCCGAGGCCGAGCACACCCACACUGUGACGCUCAACGUCCCUAUGUUUGAGCCAGUACCACCGAACUACUACAUCUCUGUCAUCUCCGACAGGUGGUUGCAUUCGGAAACACGUCUUCCUAUUUCCUUCAAGCACCUAAUCCUGCCGAAGAAGUUCCCUAAGCCCACACCCCUCCUCGACCUCCAAGCCCUUCCUCUCUCUGCCCUACAUAACAAGGAAUUCGAAGCUAUCUACGCGAACUCGAUCCAAACCUUCAACAAGAUCCAAACGCAAGUCUUCCAAGCUCUUUACACGUCAGACGAGAACGUUUUCAUCGGCGCUCCCACCGGCAGUGGCAAGACGAUCUGUGCCGAAUUCGCCUUGCUGAGGCUAUGGAGUAAACGAGAACCACCCCGAGCAGUUUGCAUCGAGCCUUAUCAAGACAUGGUAGAUCUGCGGGUUAAGGAAUGGAAGUCAAAAUUCUCGAACCUCCAGGGUGCAAAGGAGAUCGUCGGUUUGACCGGAGAAACGAGCGCGGACUUGCGGUUAUUGGAGAAGGGCGAUGUCAUUGUUUGCACGCCGAGUCAGUGGGACGUCAUUUCUCGACGAUGGAGACAACGGAAAAACGUGCAGAACCUCGGCUUACUGAUUGCCGAUGAGGUACAGACCGUAGGCGGCGAAGUAGGACCCACGUAUGAGGUUGUCAUCUCGCGGACGCGAUAUGUCGAGCGUCAGACAGGAAACAGGACCCGGAUUGUCGCCUGUGGGGUCUCUCUCGCUAACGCUGAGGAUCUUGGGAAGUGGAUGGGCGCGUCUGAGCACACAAUAUUCAACUUCUCGCCUAGUGCCCGCCCUCUCGACAUGGCAAUUCACAUCCAGUCCUUCGCUAUUCCUCAUUUCCCCUCGCUAAUGAUCGCCAUGUCAAAACCGGCAUACCUAGCCAUCCGCGAACAUUCCCCUACAAAGCCCGUCAUCAUUUUUGUGCCAUCGCGACGACAAUGUCGUCUGACAGUUGAUGAUCUCUUGACUCACUGUUCUGCGGAUGACAAGCCCGAUCUCUUCCUCAACAUCGAGCUGGAGGACCUUCAGCCCCAUCUAGACCAUAUCAGCGACAAAGGACUGGCGGAGACGUUGAAGCACGGUGUUGGAUACUUCCAUGAAGCUCUUGAUAAGCAGGACAAGCGAAUCGUUCAACGGCUUUUCGAAUCCGGAGCCAUCCAAGUGCUGGUAGCGUCUAAGGACACCGCUUGGAGUCUGCCUGUUGCUAGCUACAUGGUUAUUAUUAUGGGCGUCCAGUUUUACGAAGGCAAAGAGCAUCGCUACAUCGACUAUCCUGUCAUGGAUGUUCUUCAAAUGAUGGGCAAGGCGUGUCGACCACUCGAGGACGAGAAUAGCCGAUGUGUCCUCAUGUGCCAGCAGACAAGAAAGGACUUCUACAAGAAGUUCCUGGCUGAAGGUCUGCCUAUCGAGUCGCAUCUGGCAACUCACAUGCUCCAUGACUACUUCCUGGCGGAAAUCGCGGUGAAGACGAUCGAAAAUAAGCAAGAUGCGAUGGAUGUUCUGACGUGGACGUUCUUCUAUAAGCGAAUGCUCGAGAACCCGAACUAUUACAACCUCCACAACACGAGCCAUCAGCACGUCUCCGAUCACUUGUCGGAGCUCGUCGAGACGACCCUCAACGAUCUUGUCAACUCGAAGUGCAUUUCCAUCGAGGACGAGAUGGAUGUUUCUGCGCUUAACCUGGGUAUGAUCGCCGCCUAUUACAACAUCCAAUACGUUACCGUCGAGGUGUACACCCUGUCACUCAAGGAGAAGACCAAGCUCAAGGGUCUUCUCGAAGUUGUCUCUUCGUCAGCCGAGUUCGAGACAAUCCCUAUCCGUCGGCAUGAAGACACAUUACUUCGCCGCAUAUACGACCGUGUUCCUGUCAAGGUCGAUCGUGUGGACUUCGAGGCCCCGUACUUCAAGACCUUCCUCCUGCUUCAGGCUCACUUCUCUCGCAUUCAACUACCGCCCGACCUCGCUGCCGACCAGGUGCUUGUCUUGGAGAAGGUUCUAAAUCUUCUUUCCGCCUGUGUCGACGUCAUGUCAUCGAAUGCCUGGUUGAAUGCUCUUGGCGCGAUGGAUCUAUCACAAAUGUGCGUCCAGGCGAUGUGGGAGAACGAAUCGCCGCUCAAGCAGAUCCCUCACUUUGAGACCGAUGUCAUUAAGAGAUGCGAUGCUGCAGGCAUAAAGUCUGUGUAUGAUAUCAUGGAGAUGGAGGACGGUGACCGUAACCAGCUGCUCCAAAUGACACCCGCGCAAAUGCGAGACGUCGCUACCUUUGUUAAUUCGUACCCCACCCUAGACGUCAAUCACGAACUCGUCAAAGGAGAAUACACCGCUGGAGCACCAAUUACCCUCAAGGUCUCUCUGGCACGUGACGCUGAUGAGGACGAAGAUGACAGCGACCAGAACGUCGUCGCUCCUCUCUAUCCCCUCAAAAAGCUCGCCAACUGGUGGCUUGUCGUCGGCGAUCCCACCAGCCGUCAGCUCCUCGUCAUCAAGCGCGUGACGGUUACUAAAAGCCUUGCCGUCAAGCUCGAGUUCUCGCUUCCACAAGGCAAACACAAACUCAAGCUAUAUGUCAUCUGCGACUCCUACGUCGGCGCCGAUCAUGACAUCGCACUCGACCCGAUUGAGGUUGCGGAAGGCGAAGACAGUGAUAGUGAUGAAGAUAUGGACAGCGAUGAAGACUAG